AAACGUGCCAAAGGCCACAGCGGGACUCAAGACUCUGGCUGACACCAGACCAGGAGAAUUACAAGAAGAAUGAAGAAGUGCUGCUGAGCUGCCCUGAGGGCUUCCAGCCAUCCUUCACUGAAAUCAAAUGUUCAAGUGAAGUCCAGUCCAUCAGUCAAGGGAAACCUGUACACAGAGAAGUUUGGCGUGGGAGGGACAGCAGAGGUGGCUGGGUCCCCAUUCGGUCCAAGGUGGAAUGCAUGGAGGUCCUCCAGGUUGUCCCUGGGACCUUGAAGAUCUCCAGCACCAGCAUAAAACUGAAAUGGACCUGCAGGCUCCCUGAUGUCUGCCAGCACAUGCGGGCCAUGUGCCGUCUGGCAGUGCCUUCCUCCCCUCCCUGUGAGGCUGAGGAGGUGAAGGGAGAGGAGAUGCUACGUGGCCAGGAGGGAACAUUUACCUGCCCACCUCUGCAGCCCUUCACUGUCUACAGUGUUGUCAUCUCCCUACCCCCCCACACGAUCCUGUACACAGAACAUCUCAUGACAAAGGAAACAGUGCCGGACAAACCGGAGAGGCUGUGGCUGGAUCCCAGCACAGGGUACCUCAUGUGGAAGGCGCUGCCCUCCUGCAAAGGGAAGAUCAUUGGAUACCAGCUGAACAUCACGGCCAGGAGAGCGCACAAUGGCAGCUUCCUCGAAUUCAAGCAGGUGAUGGUGAAUGAGUCUGUCACUCAGUACAUACCAGCUCCUCAGGCACCUGGAAGCAAAUAUACGGUGACAGUGCAGGGCCUCACGGCAGCUGGUGCUGGGGCAGCAUCACUGCUGGAAUUUCAAAGCUACGUCUCAGGGCAGCUUCUGGGCUCGUGGCCAGGGACGGCGGUCACGGUGGUGGCGGUGCUGUCGGCGCUGGUCCUCCUGUCUGCAGGGAUCCUGUGGUUUGUGCUGUCCAGGAAAAGGAAGCCCUCUCCCAGCAAGGCGGAGGAGGAUCAUUACACAGAGCUCCAGCCCUAUGAGAACUUGGAUAAUUACUGUGUGAUCAAGCAGACUCUUCUGGCAGAGGAAGAUGCAG